AUGGAUGCUAAUUUGGCCAAGUCUUUUUGGUAUUCUCCGGAGGUGGGUUUUUCUUAUUCCAAUUCGCUUGGUAGGUCGGGAGGAUUGCUCAUUUUAUGGAAUGAUAAAGUGGAGGUGGUUAAUAGUUUUAAAGGAGAGGGUUACUUAGGUAUAAAAGCUUGUUGGGAGAAUAAGUGUUAUUAUGUGAUUAAUGUGUAUUCGCCUUGUCUUUUGAUCAAAAAGAUUGCGUUAUGGAAGAAGUUGCUUGAGCUAAAGGAGACUUUUAAGGAUGGGGAAUGGAUUAUGGGAGGGAAUUUCAACGUGAUUAAAAACACUAGAGAAAGGAAGGGGCAAGGGGUGUACGUGCAUAAAAGAGAUAUGGAUCUAUUUUCGGAGUUUAUUGAUAGAAGCGCGUUGGUGAACAUUCCUUGCAAAGGAAAAAAGUUCUCUUGGUUUAGCGGGGACGGGAAGUCUAUGAGUAGAAUCCAUCACUUUAUCGUGUCCAACGAUGUGGUGACUAGAUGGGAGAUUAUGGGUCAAUUUAUUGGUGAUAGGGAUAUUUCGGAUCAUUGUCCUAUAUGGAUUUUGAAAGACCAAAGGAAUCGGGGACCAAAACCAUUUAAAUUCAACAAUGAAUGGUUUAGCUUCGAUUCUUUUAUUCCUUUUGUGGAGAAAGAAUGGAAAAGCCUUAAGGUGGAAGGAAGAGGAGAUUUCGUGUUAAAGGAAAAACUAAGGCUUCUAAAAGAUAAGUUAAGGAUUUGGAACAAGGAUGUGUUUGGUAGAAUUGACUUGGAGAUGGAGGACGGUGCUAGCAAGAUGAAUUUGGCCGACGACAAAUUAGCCUCCGACGAUUAUUUCAACUUUGAUAGCACUAUGGAGUUUAGAAAGGAAGCGAGUAGUAAGUUUUGGAGGAAUUUGAGAAUAAAAGAAAAUAUGUUAUUACAAAAGUCUAGGUUGAGUUGGAUUAAGGAAGGAGACUCCAAUAGCGGUUCUUUGCACAAGGUGAUGAAACAAAGAAGGAGAAACAAUCAUUUAGGUCAUAUUCUUUCUCCGAAAGGAUUGGCGGAGACGGUUGAAGAGGUUAGGGAGACGGUAUUCAAGCACUUUGAGGAGAAGUUUGUGGAAACGGAGAUUAGUAGACCUUCUUUGGAGGGUAUCCCGUUCAAUACUUUAAGUAAGGAAGAGACGGAGGAAUUGGAGAGACCUUUCCUUCAAAAUGAGAUUAAAUAG